UGGCAACCAGAUCCCCUCACAAAGGGACUGGCCUCCCCAAACAGGAGCCCCACACAAACAUUUGACUUUCUUCAAGGCAAUAAUAUUAAAGCAAAUUCCUUGUCUUUGCCAAACACAGGAUUCAUUGUGAGAAACUUCCAGCUUCCUUAGUGAGAUAAGUCUUCCUUCGUUACCCAGGCUCACGGAUACCCUUCUCUCCUGAAACCUGACGCUAACAAGCCACGUUGUGAGCGGAGCCCCUGGUGACUGCGGUGUGCCUGUGGAAGGCCCCUUCCGGCCCUGCAUUCUCACAGUCGGAUACUCUAAAAAUCAAGCAGUUGCCCAGAGCUCAGGGUCUUACCUUUGCUUUUUGGAUUCGGAUGACGUCAUGAUGCCCCAGCGGGUGAGGCUGCAACACGAGGCUGCCGUUCAGCACCCGUCGAGCAUCAUUGGCUGCCGAGUGAGGAGAGAUCCCCCUAACUCCACAGAACGAUACACACGUUGGAUCAACCAGCUGACGCCCGAGCAGCUCCUGACCCAGGUUUUCACCUCGAACGGCCCCACGGUGAUCAUGCCCACCUGGUUCUGCUCGCGAGCCUGGUUCUCCGACGUGGGCCCCUUUGACGAGGGAGGUCAGGGCGUCCCGGAGGACCUGCUGUUCUUCUACGAGCACCUCAGGAAGGGCGGCAGCGUCAUCCGCGUGGACCAGAGUCUCCUGCUCUAUCGCUACCACCCACAGGCGGCCACGCAUGCUGUCCUCGAGACGACCAUCUGGACCCACCGCGUCCGCUUCCUGGAAGAGCGGGCCCUGCCCCACUGGGCGGCCUUCACCAUCUGGAACGCGGGCAAGCAGGGGCGCCGGCUGUACCGCAGCUUGACCGCCACCAACCAGCGCAAGGUGGUGGCAUUCUGUGACGUGGACGAGAACAAGAUCAGGAAAGGCUUCUACUGCCACGAGGACUCUCAGGAAAGACCCAAGCCCCGAAUCCCCAUCCUGCACUUCCGAGCCGCCCGGCCACCCUUCGUCAUCUGCGUGAAGCUGAAGCCACUUGUUCCCUCCAUCCUCGGUGCAUCCCAGGCCAGCAGGAGCUUCGUGAGCUGCAGGCAAGACGAUGGUGCGCCUCAGUUCCACACCCAGCAGAUGCAACCAGAGUCUCGUGUGCUGACCACAGGAGCCGAGCCUUUUCCACUGUGUGGACACAUGUGGCCAAGGCUGGGCCUGGUCACCCAGGACCCUCACCACGUGACCCCAGCCAAUCGAGGGGACAGUUCAAGGAGGAGGAGACCCCUGUUACACAGGUUGGAAUAAAAUGUUUAAAUCUCGUAAAAAUGUAACCCAAGGCUCUUUUAAGGGAUAAAGACUAUUGGCCACCAGGUCAAACACAAGAAUGGUAGUGUGUUAACCCCACACUCCUGUGUGGUCAGGUCACCACACACGUCCCGUGAAGAGCUGUCUGCUAAACACACAGCAUGGACACAGUCCUGGCCUUGUGGUCCUGGUGACCUCACAAGUGAGAAUCACGACUGAGCCUUGCCUCACAGAUGCAGGUGGCACCUCCCAGUUCUGGGCCUGUCCAUGUUCCUGAGAGCAGGCUGGGGAGCCACCCCAGUCUACACCACGCACACAGCACCCCUGGGCUCUUCACACAGGGAAAGGGCUGCUCACCCAAGCCCUUGGGCCUCCAAGUGGCCACACCUGGGGCUGCUUUGGUGCUGCUGGCCGUGGUUCUGCACCUCAAGCCCUGUGAGCACAGCACAGGUCCCAGCAUGGGUGUGGGUUGCUACCACAGUGAAAUUCUUAUACACGUUCCCCUCACCGGCUUUGGGAUGGAUCAGCAGGAGCUCAGACAUGGAGACAAAGGCAGCCUUCUGCCCUCUGCUUAAAAACCCAAGCGUAGACUCUGCCAGGCUCUCCUAAGACAGUGUCAUCAUUUCAAGAAUAGUAUUUCCCACAUUAUUGUAGAGGCACACUUUGGACUCUGACGAUUCCCCUUGCAGCAGACAUUUGUGAAGCUGCUGGUCUGCACACCCAUCAAUCAGUGACUCCUGCACUGCAGAGGGGCCACAUGCACAAUGCUCACAUGUGCACAGGUGGGAGGACAGCACCCCCACCAGGUAGACGGGCCCAAAAACAGCAUCUGCCCAGCACUCUAGACCAUGCCUGCCACCAGGGCUUGUCAGUUCUCUGGCAUUUGAACCUCUGAUUUAACAUUCAUCUCUCUCCAAGACUGGGCAGGGCACCACCUGCGGCCAGACGUCUCCCACAGCAGGGACAGCACCAGGCAAGAAGGGGGCCUGGUCCAGGCAGGAGGAGUAGAGCCACCUCCCCUCUGGCUGACCCCUGGGCAGUGAGCCUCUCCACCCCUACACACAUCAGACUCAGAGACAAAAGGCAGGAACUUCUUGGUACAUGAUUUUAUAGGAAGCACAUUUGUGUUCAAGUGAAGGCAGAGGCAUCCACCCCAGGUCACUAGAGUGCAGGUGCAGAGAGGAAAAGCUGUCAGCUGGUGCCAGCCUCCAAGGGCCAGUGCUACACAGCUGGAGGCACCACUGUGCUCAGGCUUUCCACACAGGCCUCCCUCAGGAACAAGACGUCCUCACCAGGCAGGGGUGAGAUAUGGGCUCCAGGACUGGCUUCAGCAGGCAGCAGGCUGAAGAAGAGGUAAGACAACUCAGGCUGGUCAGCUCCAACACACACCAUUCCCAGCCAGGGGACCCUCGCCCCUGGGCCCUGUGUGGGGACUGACACUGCAUUCCUGCAGGAAACUGUGUGUGCCGUUUCCCGCAAACCCAGGAGCCCGAGCUAUGUGGCUGACAGGUGCACAUGACUGACGUGUCCUCGGAAGGGCACCCCAUCUGGGGAUGCUGCAUCUUAGGGAGCGGGAAGGGAGGUUCACUGCACUGCUCUUAACCUGCAUUCACACGUUUGAAACUUUUCCUAAUAAAAAUGUAAAAAGCACAUUUAA